AUGGCAAUUGCCCAGCUUUGGGCAGCAACACCAGCGAUUGCGGAAGAGACGAAGGUAUAUCCGCUGGCGGUUAUCAUCCCAGUCUUGUCGUUUAUUUCCAUUCUGCUGUGUCUUCCACCAUUGAUUCUUCAUGCAAAAAACCGCAAUUUCCCUGCGACCGCCCUCAUCUGCUGGGCGAUUCUACUGAGUCUGUUCAAUUUCAUCAAUGCCAAUCUUUGGCCCACAGAUAAUACCUCAGUCUGGUGGGAUGGCUCUGGUCUCUGUGAUGUUGAGGUCAAGUUUAUGGUGGCGAGUUAUGUAGCUUUGCCGGGUGCUUUGCUAUGCAUCUUUCGCGAGUUAGCAACGGUACUGAACACAAGUCGAGCGAUGCUGGUCCCUAGCAAGACUCAAAGAUGGCGCAAUCGGCUGUUUGAACUUCUCUUUUGUGUUUUUGUACCGGCCAUGGCAAUGAUUACCCACUACAUCUAUCAAAAAGAUCGUUAUCUUCUCUACACCAUCUCGGGAUGUGUCAACAACUACGAUGAAAGCUGGCCUAGCUUCGUGUUGGCAUGGAUGUGGCCCCCUAUACUAUGCUUGAUAUCUGCUUACUAUUGUUGUGAGUCAAAUCCGUACUAUGCUCACCACGGUUCAAGAAAAUGGAGAGAGCUAAUCUUUGAAAAUGGUAUAGGCCUAGUCCUUAUCCGUCUUCACAAAUACAGAAGCGACUUCGAGACCAUCCUCCGCGCAUCGAGAAGCAACAUGAACAAAGCACGUUUCCUGCGCCUCUUUUUUGUCGCCUUCACUAUGCUCAUUGCCAUCCUGCCUGUCUCAGCUUGGCUCCUAUAUGAAGACCUAGUCGUAUCCUUUCCUUGGCACCCUUACUCAUGGUCCCAAGUCCACCAUGCAAACUGGUACGAGAUUGUCAAGGUUCCAUCAUACGGUCAUGUCUUUGAUGAUCGCUGGCUACCCAUCGCUACCGGCUUGAUUGUCUUCAUCUUCUGCGGCCUCGGCCAAGAUGCCAUUCGCGUCUAUCGCAUGAUCCUCUGGCGAUUGGGGUUCGGAUACUGCUUCCCCAGUGUGUCCCAGCCGCAGAGCUCACAGGCGACACUCCAGCCUCCCAAUGGUUCAAACUCGGCGACAUUGGUUGAUUCAACCAGCCAGAAGAAGUCACUCUUUAAGUGGCGCAAGAACGCACACGCUGAUGUUGAGAAAGGUGUCCGUCCAUCUUUUCUUGUUGGUCAAAGUGCCAAUGCCCCCAUUGUGCCAUGGUAUCGCGAUCCCCGGGCAUUUUUUAGUCGCCGCUUUGCUCGGAGUGGGGAUCAAGUCAUUCUGCUAGAUGAUGUUUCUGCUCCUGAACUGGCGGUUCGUACGAAUGCUUGGGCUGAGGUCAGUCGAAGCCGUCCCAGUAGCGAGCUGUCACGGAGUGCUGUCACACCCACCCCGGUGGAUUCCAUUCAUAUCAAGCAUGUGAUACACCAGCAGAGUGAAAUCCAGCUCUGA